ACUCCAAAAGAACUGGACAAGCUAGCUAGAAACAUCCCUACGUUCAACCCAGAUCCUGCAGGAGGCCACGACAUUCACGCUUAUUUACAAGAUAUAGACUUUCACUUGCAAACUGUCACCAACGUAACCACUUGGGACAAAUUGUACCUGCUCAGAAUUACGUCCAGUCGUGAGGUACGCAGUUUCUUAGACCGUCAACCAGAGACUGUCAAAAUGGACUACCAGCAACUGCGAAAAGCUUUGGUGCGUGAAUUCUCUGAUCCAGAAUCAGACCAAGGGCUAGUAACCGCAAUGGACCUCAAGCAAGGUCGACUUGAAACCCCACCAAAUUUCUACAACCGACUGCGACGUGCCUACUUCGGAGCAAGGAAUGAACCAGGCAUGGAGGAAGACGUCAACUUCCGAACUUUGUUUCUGCGAAACCUCCAUCCUACUGUCAGCCACCAUUUGGGAGUGUUAGCGUGCCCGCGUAGCAUGUCAACGCAACAAUUACGUGAUUUAGCACAUAAGGCGUACACCAAACAAAAGACUGUGUCAGAAAAGACUGUAAAGCACCCAACUAUUUGCUCUGUCUCUGAGUCCCAUUCAGAGUUGACCCUAGAGGGCGCCCAACAGCACCCCAGUUAUACACCCAUCAACCGAGAGUCAAGACCGUUCCAAGCCAGCAGAGGGCAGCGCGGUCGCGGUGGUGGUGCCCGUCCGAAGCACCAGAACGACCGCUCUGGAAUAUCCUGGGACCGGCCUCGCCCCUCCCAUAACCAAAAGGGGGGGGCCACCUGGGAAGCCGGCCGGCGACCCAGAACUAGCCAACCUCCAGCCUCCAGAACACCAAGCCCAGGGAGGCGGGAGGGCGAACACUCUCGACGUGAUACUUGGAAACUCAAGGCUGAGCCCACAUCUAAAAAGGAAAGUGCAGCCACAUCCGAAGCUGCAGAACUUCUGAGAAUACUGAGAGAGUUCCUUCAACAGAAACCUCACAAGGAGGACAAGAAGGAUAAACCAGACACCGCAUGACUAAACCUUAUGCCUGAAACCAGCACCACUCCCAACGUCUCCACAACUGAACCAAGCACACAGAACACUGUUUGUCAACCACGAACUAUUGAACUAGCUGUUGCCUCAUCAAACAAUAGCAACACCCACUCAGUCCAGCUGACGUCUGCACCUCCUGACC